CUCUCUCUCUCUCUCUCUAAAACUCCACCUCCUCGGUUUCUCUCUCUAAUUAGUGUGUCAUUCACUUAGACGCUUCUCGCACAACGCACACACUCUCUCUCCUCCCUCUCCUCUCUCUUUCUCUCUCUAUAAGCGGCACCAUUUCUGUCCACUCUCUCUCUGUCUCUCUCUAAACUCCCAACUCUCCCACUUUCCCACAUCUGCCUCCGCAUUCCACAAAAACCAAACACAACGACCGCAUUCAUGGCAGAGGUCACAAAGCAGCAGCACCUCCCCAUCAACGGCGGAACUCUGAUCUCUGACCUCAAGAGCCUCUUCUCUCUCUUCAAAACCAGAAGAACUGCGGCUUUUGCAUAUGGCUUCAUGGUUGCUUUCGUCGCCUUUACUGUUUUCUUGGCCUUCAGUCCCUCACCGAACUACACUUCUCCAUGGUUCGCUAACAUUUUCAGUACUUCCACUUCUACUACUUCCACUACCGGUUCCAGUUCUUCGUUUUCCUCCGUCUUCUUCCCCAAUGGUACUUCUUCAUCUCCGCCCCAGCAAAAUCAAUCCUUUUUUUCUCCUCCGUCGCAAACAGAGCCGUCUAGAUCUGCUAACACCACCGCCGCCGCUCCCGCUGCCGCACAAUCUGCCACUGUGAAUAAACAACCGCCUGUUUUGACAAACCAAACGCAACCCACCAUUUUGAACCCGAAUCAGACCUCAAUCGUCCAGCCAAAACCUCUAGUGACACCCAAGAAUAGUACUACUUCACCCGAACCGACAACCCUUCUGAAAAACCAGACCGACAGUUCCCACAAUUCUGAUAAGGCCACAGUUUUUGCGGCCAAUCAGACGGGAAUCACGGCCCCCAAAACCCCGGUGGCGGGGGUGAAUGGAAGCUCCGAUUUGGUACCGAAAUCGGGUUUGGAGGACAAGAGCGUUGCAGAGAAGGGUGUGGAGAAGAAUUCAACUGCUUCCCUGUUGAAUAAACAGAGCAAUGAAACGAAGUCCGGCGUGUCGAUGGAGCAGAGGAAGCCGGGGAGUGAUGAUUUGGUGAAGUCCUUGAUGAAUUGUGAGAUGUUACAUGGAGAGUGGGUGAGGGACGAUUCAUACCCGCUAUACAAACCGGGGUCUUGUCCUCUGAUUGAUGAACAAUUCAACUGUAUUCUCAAUGGUAGGCCUGAUAAGGAUUAUCAGAAAUACAAAUGGAAGCCUAAGGAUUGCACUUUACCAAGGUUGGACGGAAGUCAUAUGUUGGAGUUGUUGAGAGGAAAGCGCCUGGUAUUUGUUGGUGAUUCUCUGAACAGAAAUAUGUGGGAAUCUCUGGUUUGCAUCCUCAGAAACUCGGCGAAAGAUAAGAGAAAGGUUUUCGAAGCAAAUGGGAGAACCCAUUUUCGUGGGGAAGCUUCUUACUCCUUCAUAUUCAAGGAUUAUAACUGCACAGUGGAGUUUUUUGUGUCUCCUUUCUUAGUUCGAGAAUGGGAAAUGCCGGAAAAAGAUGGAUCAAAGAGAGAAACACUUCGUCUUGAUUUGGUAGGCAGAUCUUCUGAACUAUAUAAAGAUGCUGAUGUCGUUAUCUUCAACACCGGACACUGGUGGACUCAUGAGAAAACCUCCAAAGGGAAAGACUAUUACCAAGAAGGUAGCCAUGUUUAUGGUGAACUGAAUGUUCUUGAGGCAUUUCGGAAAGCAUUAACCACAUGGGCUAGAUGGGUUGAUGCCAAAGUUGAUCCGAAGAAAAGUAUCAUCUUCUUUCGGGGCUAUUCUGCUUCCCAUUUCAGUGGUGGGCAGUGGAAUUCUGGUGGCCAAUGUGACAGUGAGACAGUUCCCAUCUUCAAUGAGUCUUAUCUGAGGCCGUACCUGCCCAAAAUGGUGGUACUGGAGAAGGUGUUGAAAAACAUGAAAACCCAUGUCACAUAUCUCAAUAUCACAAGAAUGACAGAUUUUCGGAAGGAUGGCCACCCAUCAAUCUACCGGAAGCAAAAACUGUCCGAGGAAGAAAGGAGAUCACCUACAAGCUUCCAGGACUGCAGCCAUUGGUGCCUUCCUGGUGUUCCAGACGCUUGGAAUGAGGUUCUCUAUGCCGAGCUCCUAGUAAAGCUGUACCAAAAUAAGCAGCAGCUACUGCAACAGCAGAAGAAGAGAGCAUAGGUAAAAAGUUACAAAACUUAAAAAAACCACAUUCAUACAUACUCAAACUUUUGAGUGAUCUAAAUCACACUUAGCAGUAUACUCUCUCUUUUUUCCUGCCCUUUUUCGACAUUAUCGAUAUAAAAGCAUCAAAGCAUCCGAGGAAGAGUAAUUUAUUCCACAAACUAUGUGAUCAAAAUGCAUAAACUUGUUUAUUUAUAUGAAUGAAGAGAGCAAAGGGAAGAGUGAAGAGGGUAGGGAGUUAUUGUAGCCAGUGAUGCAAUUUUCACUUGUAAAUUUCUUUCAUUUAGCCUUAAAAAUUCACAGGCUUGGAGAAUUGUACAUGUCUAUACCCUAUUAAUUAUUUAAUUAUUUAAUUAUUUAGUUUAUUUUAUUUUAAUAAUCUUGCUUAUUCUUCA